AUGGUGCGUUACUUAAGUCAACAAGAGGCAAUUGAUAUAGAUCAAGAAUUAUUUAAUGUCUACAAAUAUAGCGUAGACCAAUUAAUGGAACUUGCUGGUCUUAGCUGUUCAAUAGCUAUUUACAAAUGCUAUUCGAAACUGAAAAAAAUUUUAGUUUGCUGUGGUCCUGGUAAUAAUGGUGGUGAUGGAUUAGUGGCAGCUAGACAUUUGAAAUUAUUCGGUUUCGAACCGAGUGUUUAUUAUCCUAAAAGAACUGAAAAACCGCUUUAUCAAAAUUUAACACAUCAAUGUUUAGCUAUGAAAAUUGAUUUUUUAAACGAUAUUCCUGAUGCUAAAGAAAUGUCUAAUAAUUAUGAAUUAAUUGUUGAUGCUUUAUUCGGAUUUAGUUUUAAACCACCUGUUAGACCAGAGUUUGAAAAAGUCAUGAAUGUAUUGGGAAAAUCAAAAGUUCCAAUUUGCAGUAUCGAUAUCCCCAGCGGUUGGGAUGUCGAAAAUGGAUGUCCCGAAAAUGGCAUUUUACCAGACAUGUUAAUUUCUUUAACAGCUCCUAAAAAAUGUGCAAAGUUUUUUAAUGGAAGAUUUCAUUAUUUAGGAGGGCGAUUUGUUCCACCGGAUUUAGAAAGGAAAUAUGAUUUAAAAAUAAAUAGUGAAUAUUCAGGAACUGAGUGUUGUGUUCAAUUAAAAUAA